AUGCUCCAAAUCGCUGCCAUAGCAGCACUGGCUCUCUUGCCAGCUGUGCAAGGAGCCCCCGCCACCUCAGCCUCUUCGAAUAGCGUACACAAGCGCUGCGGCACCGUCUCGCAAUACUACAACCAACAAGCCACAGACUGGGACACCUACAAGACCGGCGACUGGCUAAACGACUGGUGGAACAGCAACGGCGACCUAAUGAGCAAGAACACCGCCGGUUUCGCCGGUGCCUUUGGUCAAUGGGCAAUAGGUAAUCCCGACUGGACCUGUCGAGACGACGGUUCCAGCUCAGACUGUGAUUUGAAUCUUUGUGAUAAUCGCGUUCUGAAUGAUCGUGGUGAUGAUAUCCGGCCGACGUACUAUGUGCUUGAAUCUGUUAAUCGGUUGCACUCGUAUUUCACUGGUGUGGGCCAGGCUUUCUCGACUGCGGCGUUGGGUGCUGCGUUGUCGAAGGAUCAGUGGGCUACUACCUUUUAUAAGGAUAAGGAUGACAAGGAUGCUACUGUUCUUAAGGAGGUGCUCAACGCUGUGGUGACUAUCAUCGGUAUCGGUGCUUCCUUUGCAGGUCUUGGAGGAGGCGAGGUCGUCGGUGCAUUCGCUGGUGCUGGCGCUGCACUUGCAGGUGGUGCCAACGGUGCUGCUAGUAUUGUCCUCGGUACUCAUAAAGACGACACCUUCCAAAAAUCCGCCGACCUAGGCGGCAUCCUAGGAACCAUCGUCGUCGACUCCCUCAAAUCCUUCACAACAGCCAACAACGAGCUCAUGGCCGGUAAAUCCUACGGCAACGCCGACAUCCGCAGCUACAUCUCACACGGGGCCUUCCUCGACUUCCCCGGCGUCGACAAAAACGCCGUCACAGACUCAAUGACCAACAUGCUCGUCGGCACAGCCAUAAACACCCUCUACCGCCAACAAAAGAUCUUCGUCAUGGGCGGCGGCGCCUGCAACGAUAACCAGGGUAUCGGCUCGGGGCCGCAGGACGCCGUCGUCUGCCGCGACGGGAAGGCCUGGUACUUGUACUAUUGGCAAGAGAACGACGUUAUCUCAACGACAUCCCAUCAGUGGGGGUGGGUUGCUAGUCCACCUGGCGCGGACAAGUUGGGCUCGAAUGAGUACAGCGGUGUCUCGGUGCAGGAUAUUAUCAAUUCCUCGCUUGAUGCGUACAAUGUUGCUGGAUACAAUUAUAAUGCUGACACGGCCAAGGCGCGUGCUGAGGAUGCUAUUUCCAAUGCGUGGGCGAGUCCUGGUGCGAAGGGUGCUGCUUGGGAGGGUAUUUUUACGAUCCCCGUUUGUGAUGUUGGUGCUGCUGUCAAUGCGGAUUAUCAGGAUAAGCAGUAUAUUCUCCAACCGUAUGGGCAUGAUAGUCGGCCUGUUUGGUGUGGGCCGAUUUGUGGGGGUGAUUUGCAGAAGACGAAGGACUUUAUUCAUGCUGCUAAUAUGGAUGGGUUUCAGAGUCCGAAGCAUCUGUGCAAUUCGUCUCCUGGGUAUUGA